CUUCACGGUUCUGUUCAACGCUUUCCGCAUUUUCACGCGUGUGCUCGUAACUUUGUCUCAUGGACUGGAGGAGACGGAGCCCUGCUGCCAAUGCGCUUGUGAUGUAUGCAUGUGGGCUCAUUUGCGUUGGAGGUUCGGUGAGAGUCUACGUCCGCCCAUCCAUACUGACUGACUGACUGACUUGCAGCAGGAGUGGAGGAUACUCAAGAGGAGACUCGGCUCUCAUUCUCGCGUGCGUGCCCUGCCUUGCGGUAUUGUGUUCGGGCUCCUCGCUGUGUACGGUGGUGUGCUGUAAUUUAACGUUGUAUGAUGUGCGGUCAGCCAAGUCUGUGAAAUCGACAGCAGGACGAGAGUUUCUGUUCGGCCGAUUUUGAGUUUUUUCGGUUUGAAGUGCUCUGGUGUAGGUUGUCUCACUCCUGAAGAUAAUGCUGUUGAGGAUUAUUUGGUCAAUCGUCGACUGACAUCGUUGUCCUGCCAUCCAUCCUGAUCCACGAGGCGACCCUGAGGAAAACGCCACGGUGCGAGUAUGGAGGAUUCGCCCACGCCUGAGGGUAAGGAUACCUCAACGACGAGCACAGAAGAGAGAGAAGUGUCAGUUGAUAAUCGAGAAGAGAUUGUUCAGCCGAAUGACGGGGUGAGAGUUGAUUUCGUAGAUAAAGUAACCAUUGAAAAAAUAGUAUUUGCGGAAGAUGGUCCGAGAGAAGACCUGUUGACAGAGACCGCAAGUUUGAGAAAAAGCUCUGCCUCCAAGAGCGAGAAUAAGGCUGUGAUUGGGGCUAAGGUGAUUUUGAAAAACACCAAUGAAAAGGGAGAGAAGUCUGAAAAGUCGAAGACCACAGCUAAGGGGUCGCUACUCAAUGGUCUUUCGCGUUCGAAAACGAAGCUGAAUUCUGGGCAAAGAAAUUCUCAAUUACCAGUGUUGAAGGCAAGAAAAAGUGGCAGCGUCUCGUCGCUAGUAGAGAAGCGAAGCAACCCGAUCAAGCUGACCAAAAGUUCUUCCAUUACUAGUAUUAACAAAGAAACCAGAAACCCGAGACUCUCGAGCCCGCCGAAAGUUUCUAAAGUUCCACCCAAGGUGCCGGCGAAACCGAAAGUAAAGCGGCAAGCUUCUGCCGUCGGCUCAGGAGCCUCUUCAGGAUCUAUUUCUUCGGCCCCCACUUCACCAGUGACGAAAGUUUUGAGCUCAGGAACUCGGAUCGCGAUUACAGGUGCCGCGAAAUCAGCUGCCACCAGGAACUCAAAAGGUUCGAAACUUUCUAAUCCGAAAUCUACCUCAGGCGUAGACACGUCUCUGCCUCAGAGGCCCAAGUCGGUUGAUGGACUGGUCAAGGAGAUAUGUUCGACGAAUGAUACCGCGGAAGCUAACGCGGCUUAUUUAGCAGCACAGGCCCAUCUACGAAAAAGUCAGUCAAAAAUCGAAGAGCUCCAACAGGGUUUGCGAACGAAGAUAAAUGCCGCGACCUCUGCGACCUACAAGCAACGACUUUCGAACUCCCAAUCUUUUGCGGUUCAAAGUCGUCUGGUAAAAAACUUGGAUCUUAAUGAAAACGUGAGCCGCGAGAAGUUUGACGAGGAAUUUUUAAAGAAGCAUAAUUUUGACAAGCAGCUUAAGAUCGAGGAAAAACGGGUAUUGGAAACGGAUUUGGAUUACGUUUCUGACACUGAAAAAGCUGAACUUUGCUCGAAAUCUGAAACAACUCAAGGCAAAUACGAAACUGAAAAAAGACGAUACAGUAAAACUGUCUCAGAAAUUGAGAAAAGAUGGUCAGGUGAAUUUCUCGAGGAUCAUCUCGAUCUCAACUCGUCGGAAUCGUCCAAGUCUUCGUACAUCGAAGAACUCGGCAGCAUAUCAUCCCACGAAGACUUGGUAGACGACAACAAUGCAAAGUUUAUCGAAGAGAUAAGAAAACGAUCGGAGGAACUUCCUGGGGUGGCUAAAAAAUCUUCAGUCAAAUCAAACUCCGAGGAGGUUAUCGAAGACACUAACAGUACUGUUGGCUCGAACUCUUGUGUCGAGGACAGGAUCAAGGACAUCGACGGUGAUGUCGAUGCGGUGAUUGCAAAGAACGAAGAGUCCAAUGAAUCGAAAGAUAGCACGCUGAAGAAUUCUUCUUCGUCAACAGUUACGAGCAACCAUUCCAGCACUCCGAAGCAUACUACCUCAGACAAACUGGUGCCAUUAAACAUCAAGGAUACGACCAUCGGCAAAAUCUUAGAACGUUUGAAAAACGUGAAAAACGAAAACGUCUCUGAGGCCGUUGAAGAACUCGACGACAACGAGAAUAACAAUGUCAAUUCGCAGCUACAUCCUGAAGUAGAUCAAUCUAUCAAUAAAAAGGUUGCGCACAAAGAAGUUACUGAAAUCGGCGUACAAGAUCGACUACCCAAUAAAGUUACAACUUUCGAUCGUCAAAUUUUCGAUAAAGACGGCUACGCGGACUUCAUCAAAACCUUCACAAUGGACGCUGGUACGUCGAAACCCCCGAAAGAUGAGAAAAAACGCAAAGGGCUGCGUCGGCUACUUCCAGGUCUCUUCUCGCCGAAGGACUCGCGCAAAGAGUACAAGAAGGAGCAAAAAGAGCGAAAGAAGCGGGAGGAGAAACAGUUUGGCCAGUACCAGCAAAACGGAAACUACACACGAUCCCCCGACACGAUGAACCUCAACGAAGACAUCAAGCGAAAUGUGAAGCUAAACACGAGUUUGAACAGUUCCAUAAUCGAGGAACGAUUAAAUGAAAUAAAGCAGGAAUUAUUCCCAGAACAGGGCCUAACGACGAGCACUCCGGAUCAUUUUCUGCAAGCUGAUCGGAUCAAUAUGCCACGAAAUAGCAGGAACCAACGAUUCUACACUGCCAAUUCAUCAUUGAGCUCGAUCGCACCUGAGGAUAAGUGGAUCGAUCAAAAUAUCAUAAGUGGUUCCCCGGACAUGCGAAAACUCAAGCAAAGGCCAACAGCCGACCCGAAAUGCAGCCUGGAGAGAAAACAUAGUCUUCAGGAGCCGGCGAGUCAAGCAAAAUUCUUCAGGAACCAUGGGCCAUCCGGCAGAAUCUCAGCACCACCAAACGAGCGGUUUCUCAUCAGACCGAGAGCCGUGCAUCCGGUGGACAGACCACUUCCGGCGAUACCUCAAAAGGUCGAGUUUUCAGACUACGAAAAUCACCACGGACUUCAUAAUUAUCCCGAACGACAUCCUGACGCCGAAAGUUACUCGCGCGCGCAGUAUCCUCGCCAAGUGCAGAACCAUCCGCAGGACGUCGGUCGGCUCUACGACGACACAAGCAACUUGGACAAGUCUGAGCAGAAAAGAAAUCAUAGCAUUGACUCAGGCUUCAAUCUAACCCCAGUAUCGGCGCAGGUCAAGAUCACUCGUCAGCCGGUCAUAAACCAAAAUCAGAAGGCUCCGCUUGUGAGACGCUCACCAAAGUACUCACCGAGCUCGAGUCAGAAGUCCGGUGACUACGCGGAUUCGAGUUACACGCCGAACUCCAGCCAGAAGAGUGAGUUCUCACCGAGUAGUUCAAAAAGUGGCGAGUACUACCUAAGCUCACCACAAACCAGCGUGCAGACGUCUCCGAACGACAGCUUGACCGAGAAGAGAGAACAGAUAUACGAAAACAAUCGCCAGUCGCCACAAAUUCCGUACCCGGUUGUCUCACCUGGUGUUAAAACUGCCAACCAGAUGGACCUGGUCUAUGACGUCACCUUGACGCCAGAGCGAGCAAGAAACCCGCUGGACAGAGCCAGGUCACCGGUGACGUACGAUGACCGUGCGCCAACGAUUUCCAGGAACUUGAAACCAGGGUCUCUCACCGUCCUUCCACUCCACGCCACUUCUAACACUCCAGAGCCAAUCUACGUGCGCAGAGGCUCACCGAACAUUCCACUAUCAGCUAAUCUUGAAAAGCUCAAUGCUUACGCUGAGAACACGCCAACCUCAAGAUCACCGAAUCUAAAUUCGCCCGCUAGAAGCUUGGACUCAUCUCCCAGGAGCCGGACGAUGUCUCCAGUGCGAAAUCACUCGCCGGCUUCACCCCAGUCAACCGCUACGCGAUCCUACUGCGGAUCUGAACAAGCCGCGGCUUCUCCGACGCAGAGGAUGGCGUCACCUCUUAACGUCCUGCCAUUGAACAAUUCCGGUUCCCGAUCAGCCCCGAAUUCUCCCGCCGUCCAAGCCAGGCCACCGCUUUCUCCGCUUGCCAGGCCCAUGUCCCCGAGCACCGGAACUGCUGGCAAAGAGUCUGACCACCUUAGGACACCGACGACCUCGCCUCGCAUGAACGAGACUAGGCAACGAGGCCCCGUAAGCGGGCCCUACGUCCCAAUGGCCUCGCGACGCUCCCAACCGAGUGAGCAGAUUCUUAUAGCCUCCCCGAAGAGAGACGCAUUCUACGAACCGCAAAUCCGGCGUCCGACCAAUGCUAAGAUUACUGAUUACCCAGCGUCCCCCGUGCCCAUGACCGACUCUCCAACCAUCAUAGUACAAGCCACUGUCACACCUGGAGUUUCGGAUUUGGCAGUCUACAAUGCAACCGAUAGUAGAACAACUUCUCCCGUGGUGAUUCCUAGCGGAUCGCUGAGUGAUGAUCAGAUACAACUCCAGGGCCAUCCUGUCAGAAUUCAAAGACCGGAGCCGGUUUACGGGCAGAGAACAGUUUCGCCGUCUAGGACGCACAUCUACGGACAACGUGCUCUUUCGCCUGCAAAGAGACAGGAAGCUUACAGCGACGGAGAUGACCAGAAAAGCGGAGUUCCUUCGCCGAAGACUCCGGACAGUCAAUUCAUAUCUCCAAUUCAAAGUUCGAGGCAAGGUACUCCCGAGCAAAGGUCGGUGCCAAGAUCCCAACUACCUAUGUAUUCGACUGCAUCAGAGAGUUUGUCAGAGAGUCAACAGUCCAUAUAUUCCGCUAGGCAAACGUUGGGUUCAGAGCCUGUUUAUUCCCCUGGAACUAACAGGCAACCUUCGCCUUCGAAGAAACAGACCAUGCAGCAUUUGGAGGCCUUUUACUGGCAGCAGAAGGCCCUUGAGUCUCAAAGGAAGUCAAACUCGUCUCCGUCGACUGGCUCGCGACAAGCCGAGCCCAGGAUCGAUCAUCCCAAAAUGCGAGAGGCGAUCUACUGGCAGCAGCUUAAGAAGCUGGAUGAAGAACAGCAGCGGAAAAUAUAUGAGCAAAAUGUUCGUGACGAAAGAAACGACCCCCUUUACUGGCGUAGGAAACUUCAAAGUCCCCCGACCUCGCCUUCUACUGUCAUAGCUCCAUCCAAGAGUACUCCUAACCCGAAUCAUCCAAACGAAUAUUCUCAAGGCUCCCCCGCUGAAAUAUCGGAGAAUAUUUACUGGCGGAGUAAAAUUCAGCAGCCGAAAGCGGCAGUAAUCAACAAGCCACCAAUAAUGGGACAAAAGGGUCAGAACCAGCCAGUUCUCGUUGUCAGGCCACAGCCUGUUCAUCAAGAAAAGGAUUUCGAUAACCGCGAAACUUACACCGGACAUAGGGAUUUGAAGCGAAAUCCGCCGCCCAGGUCGAAGAGUGCCUCACCCCUAUUCGCGAGGGGUGAUGAACGCCGUAGUCUCAGUCUACCCAGAAAGUCGGAGACUGAUGACGGUGGCUUUUUGAGAGGGGGCAGGGAGAGAAGUAGCGUUGCGGCUUUGCGCAAGCCCGAGACACCGCCGAUAUACGAAGAAGAUAACGAAGGUGACAAGAAACCGCCGCCGAUUUUCAAAAGGGGGAGUUUAAUCAGCAAUUCCAGCAAUUCUGUCGACUAUGGAACCGGGCAGAAAAGAGUCAGCUUUUCGAAUCAAACCACCAACACUGAUAUCGGCACUGGUAUCUGGCCCACGAAACAUGGUAUGGCACCCGAACCUCCGACGAGACAGCACCGGCUCGAUAGAGCCUCGACAACAUCGGAAAGUGACUCGGUGUUUCUUCACGAUGUGGAGAAUCAGAACAACUCGAACGCGAACGUAUACGGAAACGUCUUGGCCCGCUCGAUAUCUCAGACCGGCGAAUCGUUUUAUCCCAAUUCCAAAACGCGUGCCUCCUUUGACACAAACGCGGCAGAAUACGAUGCCGACAGACCUUUACCGCCCCCACCACGAGAACCACUAAGAUUUCUACGGCGGAGCAACAGCGUCAGAGAUCAACCCAGAGUAAGCCCAGCCAACUCCAAGGUCGACUAUCCUCCAGAUGCUCGUGGUAAAUACGGUAUUAAUCGACGCAGAUGGCCAGCUGUCAGCGAAAGCGAGAGCGGAAGUGAAGCCAGCGAAAUUCAACGGAUACUCAGACGCCGAAACGAAGAAGAGUGGAACCCCGAUGGCAAAGGACGGCAAUCGAACGACACGGGUGGUUCCGGAAGGGGCGAAGGUGAGGGAGGUGCCGGUGACCUUCCGGGUUCGGGAGGCGGCGGCAGGCGUCUCGGCGUCGCCGGGGUCGGCGGAGGCGUCGCCCGAGGGGGCGGCGGAGGCGGCGGCGGCCGUUCGCGAGACGAACCUCGUCGCCACACUCUCAGCGGCGACCAUCAGCCGUCCCUCCAUCACCAGCAGUUCAACUCACAGCUUCACCCGCUUCAUCCUCAUCAUCUGCCUCCACCUCACGGCCAAUACGGGCCCUCGAAUCGACACGCGACCACCAUGGACCUCGAGAUGGGGACCAAGUCGCGCCAGAGAAAGUCGCCUCUGCCACGAGGAUAUCCUCCCCCGUCAACGGCCAUGCUCUUCGACGACGACCCGGGCAUCAUGUCCGAGGUGGAAACGUCCAGCACAGGAUUCCGUCGCGGUGGGAAACAGCGAAGCAGUCUCCCCGUCGUCAGAACACCAAGCAAGACCCUGGAGCGUCCACUAGGCGCAUCCCUAGGACUGGUCUUCCUGCAGUACAGGAACGAGACAAAGCGAGCCCUGCUUCCGAACGAGAUAACGAGCAUAGAUACCGUGAAAGCUCUCUUCGUCAGGAGCUUUCCCAAGCAGCUGACGAUGGAGUAUCUCGACAGUCCGCUGGUCAAGGUCUACAUCCACGACAGCAACAAGGACAUGUUCUACGAGCUGGAAGACAUGCGGUCACACCUCAGAGACAUCAGAGACAGGAGCGUUCUUCGACUGUUCGAGAGCACCGACGGGGUCGCCGGGAUGCCGGGACCUCUGGGAGCUCCUGGAGGUGGGGGAGGACUCCCGCCCCACUGGGAGGAUCAGAGCUACUUCAGCGAGCCGGAGUUUGACAGCGAGUACCAGCAUCAGCACAUCCACAAAAGCAAGACUGCGAAAAAUUCUACUUCCGGUAACGGGGGCUACUACAUGGGGGGCAGCAGCACUCUGCCUCGUGGGGGACCCUUGCUGAGGGCCUACAGCCCUGCUGCUUCUUCAGCUGUCUCAGGCCCCAAUGCGAAUUCAACGCAGUCGAAGGCCCUAGGAACUCCAGGUGGAGGCGGAGUGCCACCUGCAAAGCCGCUUCGCAGCUACCAAUGUGGUAAGAGUCCCCUCGGCAGCCUUGGGGGCUCCGCACGCUUCUCUAGAGACAGCUCGGUCUCCCUCUAUAGUAUACCAGAUCGACUCCAUGGAGAAAGCGGAUACAUGAGCAGUCCGGAGAGGACCGGUGUAGUCGGUGCUGGAUCUGGAAGGUAUUCGGCGGGGCCGUACAGCACAGGUAGCAGCUAUGAAGACCCAUACUACUCCCAGUAUUCUGGAACCGUAACACCAGUUAUUGACGAAGAAGCUAGGUGGUGCAGCGAUACGGAGCUGUUGGAGGAUUCUUACAGCCUUUACGGUGUGAAGCCACCUGGUCGCCCUCCGACUGGCCCCCCACGAUCCCCAUUUCCCCCCGGGGCACCUGCUCUGACCCCCGGUGGACAGCCUUACGACGCUACCCGGAUAAGGGUGGAGCACAUGGAACGACAACUCGCUAAUUUGACCGGACUUGUGCAGAAAGCUUUGACUCAUGCUCCACACGCCAGCCCCUCGCCGAGGGACUAUUUGCAGGUCCCCGCGCCUCGCGAUCCCUACAGAACAGCAGGCGCAGGAGACGAGUUCGACAAACAUUCUAGCUCCAGCUCCGCCUCAUUGCCAGAUGACUCAUACUUAAGGACUGAUGUUAAGCCGCCAAAAUUAGGCAAAGACAAGUCGGUGUCAUUUGAAAAGUCAGUCUCCUUCAGUGACGAGCCACCAGAUAUGAACUCUCCUAAACAACAUUCCCCGCAACACGCAGCGGACACAAAGCCUACAAAACCAGCUAUAAAAUCAUCCACACUGCCAAGGAUGUCAUCACAAGAACGGGAAAGGCAUAAGCCGACGCCACCGCCAAAACCAGCUACUCUGGCAGCUGGUCAAUACGUUUAUAGAGACUUGACUCUCACUCCUGAAAUGUAUAAUCAACUUAGAGGUCUGCAGAAAAAAGCAAAGGAUCUACGCCAAGAAGUUCGAAACCUUAGACGCAUGUCCCAAGCUCAAGCGCACACAGUCAGAGAGACUAUCAGGGAUACAUUUAUCACCAUCAGGGCUGUGCUGCUGUCCGGCGGCGACGCUGCCUGGGCUGCCGGAGACACAGAAAAAGCAAGAUUGAACCGCGAAGAAGACCUCUACAAGCAAGAAAUGAUUAGGCUGGAAAAAGAUCUCACCGAGCUAGAGAGCACAGUAGAGGAGCUCCGGGGCAAUGUCAUAAACCGAAAAACUAGAGUAAACAUGUCCGAUGUAGAAAAUAUGGCGCUUAUACUGAACAAAUCCAGUAAAACAGUGGCAGAUCUAAAAGUCCGCUUCCCGAGUCUCCAGGAAGGCAUGAAGGGCCUCCUGAGUUCCGAAAUGGAAAAAGUUGUACGCGAAGAAAAGUUCCUAAAGGAAGAACCAGAACGACUAGAAUCUGCACUCAGGCGCUGUAAGAAGCUUACAGGAACCCUCGUCACGCUCAAACGUAACAAAACAUUCAGCGAUUGCAGAAUAAUUGACGGAUACUUGAGGGUGAAAUUUCAGAGUGAAAAUGAAUGUCUUGCAUUUCCCUCCAGCUUGGCGUCGGUGCAGGAGCAGCGAUUACCGAACGCAGCGAGCGCGGAGGCUGAAGAAACCCCGCCAAUAACACCAACAUCGGGGCAACAUUCUAAGACAACUACCCCUACGCCAGCGGAACGCACUGUCAUGGGGGCAGCGGGCGUCGUCGGGGGAGGGUCCAACGCUCUCGACUCAUCCGCCUCCUAUCAGCAGCGUCCGGAGAACGCACUCGACGCUCUGCUAGAUGAACUCCAAACAUUUUCGAGGCCGGCGUCGCAGCUUAGCCAAACGUCCAGCAUCGGCUUUACCCCAAAUUUAACCGAUAUCGGACGAUCGGCGAGCCAGAUAUCGCAGAUGAGCCAUACCCCCAACAUGUCGGACAUCGGUAGGAAAGGCAGCAUAGAUUCGUCGACGAAUUUAUCCAUCGCUACGACCCCUGGACACACGAGUACCCUCAGGAGGCUACACUCCUAUCCUUCCAGUUCCGACACGGAUACCUCUCCGCCCAUAGCCAGGCUACAAGUAUCCGACAGCUCGAUGCCACCGUCUCAGAAGCCUCCAGUGCCGGAAAGAAACGCCGAACUACUUCAGCUGGCUACUGCGAGACGAGUUCCUCCACCGCCGCCUCCGAGAACUAGUUCAAGAUCCCCUCUUGCAAGUCCGACGAGUCCUCAAUUGCCACCGAGAAAUCCUACGGGUACGUUGCGCAGAGGACGGAGCAACUUGAAGGAGAGCGGAAAACCACCUAUGGCGCUGCCGUCGAAUGCGAAUGAAGGUGAACAGCCUCCGUCAAUGGCUCCCAAUAACAUAUUAUCGGCGAGCAAUUCUAGCUCUUGCGAAAGUAUUAAUUCCCAGGAGGGCUUGCAGAACAAAAAGGGGAGGCAGGAACAAUUGGAACAACGCCACCAAGAGCUCCUUAGAAAACAAAAAGCGCUUCAAGAACAAUACGCCAGGCUGCAACAACUGCAGAGAAAUGCAUCGGGAUUGACGACAGUCCCACCGGCGCCUCCUGAUCUUCUCAAGAAAACCGGCUCCGAAAGUAAUCUGUUAGCUAAGAUGGGUCUUGGGUUGAGCACCGCCAGUUCUGGCUCGCUAACCAGUCUGGCGACCCGACCAGAAUUGAGCACCGCUCCGGCACCGAAUGCAUCUGCUAAUCAGACAACAACAAACAAGAUUUACGAGACAGACAUUCUGUGACCGAGAAAUAUGAUAUUUCCGUUCGAAAAGAAUCUUGAAUGUAUACUCUCGGGAGGAGCAGCUGCAAGUUAACAUCGCUAUACUAAAUAAUUCUCUCGCGUGAUAAUGUUGUGUUUCUCUUUUAAGAAAAAUACGGUAGUCCUGCAGUUAACGACGAGGCAACGUUGUUGUCCUUAUUUAUUUAUUUAUAUAAAUUUAUAUAUAUUUAUGUACACGCGUAUGUAACAUAUGUAUACGUGUCCUAGAUAUCGGUUGAAACUGUUUCCCAACGCUUGGUUCAAAGUGUCUUGAGGUGUGAAAAAAUGUGUUAUCUCGGAUCUUCUUUGACACGGCGAUGUAAAAUAGUGGAGAUUGAUAACUGGAACGCACUGUAUCCGUUAUCUUCAGGUAACCAUACCGCGGAAAACAAUGACUGAAUAUAUUACCGUGCCAAGGUUUUAAUUCAGAACACUGUGGUCGUGAAGGUAAAUUUUCAAAUCUAUGGAACAAUGAUUAGUUGAUUUUUUACUUACAUGUAUAUAUCUCAUGUGCUUAUUACUAGGCAUCGCGCUGUUGAGAAAUAUGGCUGUACGCUGUUCAAACUGACAAUGAGGCGUAAAACUUGUGUGUGAGAAUCGGAGUGGAAAUGCAUGAGGCAAUAUUAUAUUGACAGUUGGGUGAAUGCCAAAUGGUCGACUUGCGAUUUUUAUUACGAGUAUAACAUUAAAAUUGUGCACGAGUAUUUUAAAUUUAUAAAACGAGAUAAGCGUUUACAUUACGAUAGCAAUCGAGCUGAUAUUGCGAAGUAUUAUUAAAAUUGAAAGAGACGACUGGAUACUGAGAUUCAAGAUUUGGAAUUGAUGCAAUGAUAUAUAAAUAUAAUAAAUACAUAAAUAUAUAUAUAUUAUACAUAUAUAAUGAGCCAACACGUUGAAAUACGCGAUCAAUAAUUCCGAUAUCAAAUUGAUAUUGAUGUUAAUUAUACAAAACACUCCUCACGUAAAUAAUAAAAGCACAUACACAUUAUACACAAGAAUUCUAUAAUUACCCUAGAAAUUAGCAGAUCAUGCUUAAUAAUGAAAUUGAAACAAGUUAGAAAUAUUUAAUAUACACAGUAAUCGUAACUCUAAAUAACGAAUUUAAAAGAAGUCAAAAAAAUAACAAAAAAGAAAAAAAAACGUAAGGUGUUUAGUGUAAACCAUCGCAAAGAGAUAUUGCUCGGUUUUGGCUGUUAUAUUAUUAGAUACAUAUGAUACAAUAUAUGUCAUGAACGGAAAAGAACGUGUUUCGUAUUAACGAGUUGAUUCUUUUAAAACAUUAUCCCAUAUGAGUUCAUGAUACCGUGUCUUAAUAUCAACGAGGAUACUUACAAGAAUAUUUCUCCAAGUGCUAAAGCGAAUGGACUUGCUCGUAACAUUGACGCAUCAAAGAAAGAUUACAUUUUGUUCAGCUUCCAAAUAAAUAAAAAUUACAAUAACCGCGUAUAAUUUUCGUACAUUUCUUAAUUGUGAUUUGGGUUUAAGGUACGAACGUUUAGAAGAUGCUACAUUACUUAAUGACUUCAUUGUAUUUGUUGACGUAUAAAAUAAUAACUGCGCAACCUGAGCUGCGAGGUAAUGAUGAAGCAUUUAAAAGAAAAGAUAAAAACUCUGUCUACAUCCGCAACAUUUAAUUUCAACAACAAUCUCACUUCGUUAGGAAUAGAAAAAAAAAAAUAAAGAAAUGAGAGAAAAAAAAAUAUACAGAUUUUAUUAAAAGUUUACAAUUAUUACUCUAUACAUUUAUUAAAAGUUAUUAAAAAAAAAGAAAAAAAAAAGAAGAAGAUAUUUGAUAAAGUAAAUCCCACUGACUUAAGUAAAUUCAAAAAAAGAAGAAGAAUGAAAAACGAAAAAAAAAUUAAUCCGCAGUUAGGUAAUAUUUGAAAAAAAAUAUUUAUUUAGGUAAUAAAUAAAAAAAAAAAAAUUAUAGAUCGGUGAACUCGCAACCGCAAUUCGAGAGUUAUAGAUAUAUUAUAUACAUAUAUACCUAUAAAUCUAUACACACCACACUUUCGAUGUAUCGAAAAGAAUUCUUCGGCAGUUUUAUGAAAACCUAUACACUUAAGUAUAUUGACCGUCAUUUGUUAGUCCUAUUGUGCCAAGAAUAUUAUUCUAUAUUUUUGUUUUAAUUUUGUUCUUUUGUUUAUCGAAGUUCUUCUAUAGCUGUUAUCACAAACUGCUGAUACAUUCGCGAUUUUUUUUUUUUAUGUUAUAGAGAACAUAAUUAUAUUAAAUUAAGGACAAUUAAGAUAAAUAUUAUAAAUAUGAUAUAAAAACAAAUUAUACAUAUAGAUUACACUGUCAAAAUCGCGACUUUAUAAUAUACAUUUACAUAUUACAAUUGAUGACUGAGCGCGCUUUAGGUUUACACAUGCAUUUUUCAUGCAAAUUGAAAUAUAUUAUUAGCUUGUGCGUUACUGAUUGUUUGAAAAGACUUACGACUACUACGUGAAAACCGUUGUGGGUGCGUCGAAUCGUUUGAGAAAAAAUUUUGCCAAACCGGACUUACAUACAUGUAUUAUAGUAUAAAAUCUUUCACAGCAUUUCUUCGAAAAUAAAUCAGUAAAAUUUCCCUGACUAUUGCUACCUGGAGGUUGAAAAUCAUCUUGGAUAACAGAAGAACUCUGCGAAAGAAUUCAUCGUCAGAGAGAUCAGUUCCAACUGUUUAAUAACGUGGUCUACAGCCAAGCAUCUUGGCGAUGAGCUUAAUUACUAUUGCUGUCGGAUCUACUCAAAGGCAAUAGGGAAAAAAUUGAGAAUUUUCCUAACUAAUAAAUAAAUUUGAUGAGUAAAGAAAGUGAAAAUUUAGCUUUAACUGUAUCGUAAUAUAAACUUAGGCGUUGUCUUCGUUUUAAUAACAGUUGUCAAAUGUUGAAUGAGGCAUGGAAAUUGUACGAACACGUGGGAUAAAGAACAAUUCAUGAUGGUUUUGUCAUAGCUAGUAAAGCUUGUAAAUACUUUUUAAACAAUAACAAUAUUCUAGCCGUUUAAUUUAUUUCUUCUUUUUCUUUUCUUCUUUUUCUUUAAUCGCUAGACUUGAAAUAACAUUUGUCAUCCAGCACGUACACUUCUAUUGCAAACCAUGAUCGAUCACACGAUAUCUAUAAUUCAUGACGAGUCGUCCUGGGAGCGUCAAACAAUAAAUUGCGUAUAAAUAGGCAAAACUGCAUUUGCUCAAUAAAAGUAACAACCGAAACGCAGCAAGUAUUAUAAUAAUAUAUAAUUACCCUACACGUAUGUAUGAUUGAGAUCGCUCGUCGAAUUUAUUGAUUAUGUAUGUUUAAUGACGAAUUAAUAUAUGUGUGAACUCUGCAGAUUUACCGGAUGAACUUUCGUCAUUUCGGGUAAAUUAAGUAUAGUUAUACUAUGUAUACAUCAGAGUUUCACACCGCGAAAUCGCAAGUAUCACGUAUCAUGAAUAUACAGAAUUAUUAACUGUCGUUGAAUGCACUAAUUUGUAUUAUACAUAAAAACACAUAACAUGUAUAUGAAUGAAAUUUUCAUAGAACAAUUAAUUACUCGAAAUUAAUUUUUAGCAAAAUAAUAAUAAAGAUAAAAAAAUUAAUUAAAAAAACUUUAAAAAAAAAAAAAAAAAAGAAAAACGAAAAAACAAAAGCGGAUAAGAAAUAUAUGUAGGCAAAUUUUUAGCUCAAUUCUCAAAGGCCAUUUUAAUUACAUGCAAUGAAUCGCAUGAUAAUAUAUAAUCAAGUAUACUGGUUACAGAAUUUAAAAACGUUUUUAGGUAAGAAGUUUAAUUCGAAUGAAAAUUCAUAUUUUACAUUUUUAAACAUCUUUUAACGAUUUAAAGUAUUUGUUACAACCGUUAUUAAUUUUGGUAUUUAUAAUACUAUUAGCAAUGUUAUGCAAUUCGGUUACGUUACACAAAAUUGUCAAAUUAUUAUAUGUACAAUACGUAUGUUUCAUUAUAAAUCCUGAGCAACUUAAAAGCGCUUAAACUUGUACGACGAAUCGAAAAAAGGACAAAAUCUAAAGCUGUCCAAGUCUCGAGAUUUAUAUUAUUUACAAUUAAUUUACAUUUCAAAGUCUUUUUUCAUAGUGGAGAACGAGAACGAAGCAUUUGACAUUGCCAAAACAUUGAAUUUAUUUCUUUUUGAAAAAACGAACACCGUCACCGAACUUACAAUAACGUAUUAUACAUACGUACAAGCGUAGUAAGAUUAAUUUUAUUUGAAAGGCCUAUACGUAGUGCACAAUCAUUCAUUUUUCACUUUGAGGAUCAUAGCUGAAGGUUUUAUGUUUCAUGUUUCUCUGAUCGUUAUUCGUCGUUAUCAGAAAUUUCCCUCUGUAUCAAUCGGCGUUGAAUCGUUAAGAUCGUUGAUAACAUAAUCAUCAACUUGAAGAAGUUGACUGCAGUUGUAACAAAUAUUGAUGAACAAAUCCGGCGUAUUAAUAUGUAUAAUAAUAGCUACCUAAAAAAUAUGGAUAUUUGAUUAAUUUGGUUCUCUGUAUGAAAAUUGUAAAAUAUUUCAAUUUAGACACUCGUUAUUCAUUGAUAUUUAACUUGUACAAAGCUAAUUUCUGGUGCAUGCCUGUUUGCUCCUCGAAACACGGCCAAUCCCCAACCAUUAUAUUUAAUUAUAUUUCGUUUAUUUAUUGGUAAACACUUUAUGUAGAGACAUCAGGUUAUCGGAAGAUUAUUGCAGGUAUUCACACGAACCUGUGAGUUUCAAGUAAUUAGCUAAAUAUUAAUAAGCGAUCGAACAUUACGUAAUAAGCAGAGAAGGUUUUUCUUUUCGCUUAUUUUGCUCAUAUUCGUAUUGAUUUGUUGUUUCUAUCGUAUAAUUAAUAAUGAUUAUAUGCAUUGUAAUUUUUUCCGACUAUCAUAUACGCCAAAUAUGAAUUGACUUGUUACAUUUGUAAAUGUUUGUAAGUAAUAUAUAAUAAAAUAAUCAAUUAAUAACCACUA